AUGCUUCCCUCUCUGCUCCUGUGCCUUCUAGGAGUUGCCUCUGCAAUUCCUAUGAACCCCAAUGAUGACAAUGGCAAGACUGCUGUGAGCAUCCUUCGCCGCUCAACUUCUGAUGUGUCUGGAAUCACUAAAAUGUGUCCUGACCUGAACUUUGAAUGGCAUGCAAUGAAUACUAAUACCAUGCCUUAUUAUAUGGAUUUGUUAUCUGUUGUUAAUGUUGAUGGUAACGUUUACGAGCUUACCAUCCACGUCAAAGGAAAGGAACAAAUUCCCUUGAAAUAUCUUUGGUCUUUGAAAAUUAUUGGUAUCAAUGGUCCACCAAGGGUACUAAACAACUUUAUGGUAAGAACGAAAAUACCUAUAUACAUUGACAACCCAACAGAUUUCACUACCACUAGUUCAAAUUUAUGGUCAAACGUAAUAACGGUGAUGAUUGUAAAGUUGCCAUGCCUCCCAUUCCAAAUACCCAGUAUGAAUACUUACAAGGUGAUGCAGCACAAUAUUCUCAAAGUUGAAAGUGGGGUACAACUGCUUUUUGACUUGAUGACUGGUUGUAACGCAGACAACAACGGCAAUUCUAAUGCUGACUUUCCGCUAUGGUAUUGGAAUAAUCCUAAGUGCUCUCCAAGCUCCACUACAUCCAGCUCCACUUCUUCUGCGCCAUCCAGCUCUACUUCUUCUGUACCAACCAGCUCAAGCUCAAGCACUCCUGUUAAGCCAUCCAGCUCCACUUCUUCUGUCCCAACCAGCUCAAGCUCUAGCACUCCUGUGAAACCAUCCAGCUCUAGCUCAAGCACUCCUGUGAAACCAUCCAGCUCCACUUCUUCUGUCCCAACCAGCUCAAGCUCUAGCACUCCUGUUAAGCCAUCCAGCUCUACUUCUUCUGCCCCAAAAAGCUUUUCGGUUUCAUCAAGCCAUCAGCCAUCAACCUUGCCUACGAGAAACACUACUUCCAUUUACCCAACUAGUUCAACUCAGACUUCUAGCGUCCCAUGCGAGACCUCCACCUACAUUACAACUAGGAAUGGUUACCCAGUGACUGAGACUACCACUUACACUGUUCCAUGUGAGACCUCCACCUACAUUACAACUAGGAAUGGUACCCCAGUGACUGAGACUACCACUUACAGAGCUCCGCGCGAGACCACCGCGUACGUCACUACAAAUAAUGGUGUACCUUUCACUCACGAAACCACUGAAGUCGUAGAACUUCCAACAACUGUAGGCCUUGAAUCUACCAGCGAAGGUUUAGCAUUUACCAGCUCAACUACUCAGGGUAGCGUGCCAAUCAAAAGAUCCAUGAGCGUCGAAGCAAGUGGCAGUCAGGGUGCCAUUCAAAGUGGUGUCGGAAGUACCAUUAACUCAUUAUCAAUUAUCGAAGGUGCAGGCCACAAACUAAAUGCUGGAAUCACUGGUUUGUUGUUCAUGGCUUCCUUUUUACUAUUAUGA